AUGGUGUGCGGGAGCGCUUUUGAUGGCGCCGUGGCUGCUCGCGGCGCAGGUCGCGAUCAACAUUUGCUACGACGAGAGCGGAAAUUUGGAGGACGAGAGGAUCCGCGUAGCCAGGACGUGGAUCCGGACGGCGCAAGAGAUCAUCCGCAGCGAUUUUCGCGCGGCCAGGUGCUACGCGAUGAGGGACAUCGACGGGAUGUACCAGAAAAAAGAGCGAGCGGAGGACGAGAAGCCGGACUUUCUACAAGAUUUCGUUACGAGCAUCUACAAGCAGUUUCCCCAUGCGGAGAAAAGAAAAUCGGCAAUGGGCUGCGUCGACGACACGGAUCUGGAGUUAGUCUUCCGCCAGGCCGACACCACAAGCAGGCUGCCGACCGUAAUCAACAUGGUAACGGAGCAUUUCGAAAUUAUGGCAGAAGUAACCAAAACGUUUAUAGCAAUCAACAAGUGCGAAGCGGUAGUAAUCAGCUUCGAGGACUCCGCGGACGCCGCUGCCGCCUGCAACGAGACGGCCCAAAAGGUCCAGCAAAGCCUAAAAAUUUUCGGGAAAGCGAUAAAGUUGGUGAAAAGCGUAAAGCUAUUCGGAUUCCCAGUCGCGUGCCAGGUCGGAAGAAGCUACACAGCCCUGUGCCGCAGAUUGAUCGGGUACGCGUUGCCGAUAGUCAGGGAAUCGUUCCGCAUUCUAGGAAACAAGCCGAAACACGCGGAGUUCAAACUGAUACCGGGUUGGGCAACCAUCAGUAA